AUACACAUUUAGCGAGAGCGAAACCGAGGCAGCGGCCUUGUGGAAACGAUAAAGCGCGCAUCUCUGCAGGUUUGCUCAGUGGCGCGUCACCGAUGAACGCGCCGUUUUAUCCCCCGCGCGAGCAGAUAGCAGACAACAAAUACAUACACGCGCAUAAUGAGUUGAUCGAGGCGCAUGGCAGGAGCGCGGCGCCUGCGCGAAAAAAAAGCGGCACGCGCAUAAUUGGUUUUAAUCGGGCCACGUCUACGCCCGCUCAUCACAGCCUCGCCAUGAGCGCCGCUCUCAACUGCUGCUCCUCCUCGCCGCUCCUGCUGACCAGCGCGCUUCUGCUGCUGGCUCUCGCUCGACGCAUCGACCAUGCACACGCCCAAACGAGCCCCGGUAGCUGGUGCACCCUACCCAGAGGUAAUGGCGUGUGCCAGUUGCUGGACCGCUGCCAGUCGGUGUACAAUGAUCUGCUAGCGGGCAAACGACCUAAAGUCGUGUGUGGCUAUCAAGGCACCAUGCCUGUCGUCUGCUGCCCGGUCACAAAUGUUAAACCGCAUUAUGAAAACACCGAAGGUCCAAUUUGGGAGAAACCGACUACUACCACCGAAGCACCCUAUAUUAGGCCUGCAAGGCGAAUGUGCUCGGAGUAUGCGAAAUCAGUGUAUGCUAUGGUGCGUCCACCAGUGCUGGCAGGUGGUGACCAGCAACUCGUCAAUGUUUCUCUCUGUGCGAUCACAGACAAAAAGUUGAUCGUCAGUGGUACUAAGGCCGAGCCCAAAGAAUUUCCUCACAUGGCGGCUAUUGGCUAUGACACCGAAUCAAGAAUACGUUGGGGCUGCGGUGGUACCCUCAUUUCGGAAUUGUUCGUUCUUACUGCUGCCCAUUGCACAUCUUCUCCUCAAUGGGGAGAUGCUUUGUGGGUGAGACUAGGCGACCUGAACACACGACAAACAAGUGACAACGCACAACCCCAAAAUCGUCGAAUCGUCGACAGAAUACGCUACGUAUACUACCAUCAACCAGUUCAGUACAACGAUAUAGCUCUGUUGAAAUUGGAACAACCGGUAAUAUUCAACGCCUAUGUCAGACCUGCCUGUCUGGAUUACAAAGGCAAUCAGCGGGUUGGUGACAGAGCUGUGGCUACUGGAUGGGGAAUCGUCGAUUGGUACGACGAAUAUGGAUCCGAUGACCUGUUGAAAGUUGUGUUGUCAAUAAAAUCCUACAACGAUUGCGUAGGCUUUUACUCCGACGAUACAGAUAGACUACCGAAUGGUAUUCAUUACGUAUCGCAAUUGUGCGCUGGAGAAAUGGACAAGGAUACCUGUCAGGGUGACAGUGGUGGUCCACUCGCGAUCUACAACACCGACGAGACGUGCAUGUACGACAUUAUUGGAGUGACCAGUUUUGGACAGCUUUGCGGUAGUGUUUCACCCGGAGUCUACACAAGAGUUUCCUACUACCUGUGGUGGAUCGAAAAAUAUGUCUGGCCGCAUUUGUAUAAAGAAGAAUAUAGAUAUAAAGAUGAACAUAAACCUCGAAAUGUCAGUUGA